UUUUCACUGUGAAAUAAGUGUUUUAAUAAAGUAAGUUCUUUGAGGAACAUCAUUUACACAAUUACGUUUCAUGCUAACUAAACAACAAACAAACACCCUCAGUCUCCCACCCACACACUCAUAUUCAUGCACACACGUCCAGGCAUUACUCAGAAGAGGACUGAAAGUGCUGUUCAAGUAAAAGAUGAGUAAGGUACAGAAGAAGUGACUUUUUUCACAACCCCGAGCUCUGACUCCUCCUCUGGAGAUGGUGGGGUGGUUUUUAGAGCUGACAGACCCAGACAAAUGUACAAGAGUGAAGUUACUCCUGCUCAAACUCUCCCAUGCGUUUCUCCAAACACGCUUCCCAUCUCAGAAGCAGAUAAACGUGCAUUCUGCUGGACUGCUAGGACCUCUUCAAGAUCUUUUCUUUGAGAUUUUAAGAUUUAUUCCGGUAGCUUCGAGCGCAGGAUCUUCUUGAAAUCUAGUUUGCAGAUAUUCAAGGGUGUUGCAACAAAGAAAAUCCUCCUAAAUGCUGACAGAGCCGUGUGGCCUGAUGGGAUCGGACAUCAGAGACCUGAGCGCCCUGCUUCCAGCGGUCCCAAAUGCAAAUUGUUCCCUGUCCGUCGGUGGAGCUCCGCAGUGGGGACCGAUGCUGGACUUUCACCCUGCCUCCCCGUACGGAUCUCUUCCCUCCCACUCCUUCGUCAAACAGGAGCCGGGCUGGGGGCCCGCAGACCCCCUCGAGGAUCCGCACUGUGGUCUGGGGGCCUUCACCGUGCACUUCUCGGGGCAUCUCGCGGGGAUGCAUGGGCCGUUUGCUGAUUCUCCGUCCAGCCAGAGCAGGAUGUUCUCCAGCGGGCCUUAUCUGCCAGGCUGCAUGGACAGCCCUCCUGCCCCACGCAACCAGGGUUAUGGUACAGUAGCAUUAGAUGGAGCUCCCAGCUACGGACACACACCUGCUCACCACACUCCACCAUUCCCCAACAAUACCUUCAAACACGAGGACCCCAUGUCUCCCCAAAGCACCAUGGGUGAGCAGCAGUACUCUGUCCCGCCGCCUGUCUACGGGUGCCACAGUCCUCCUGACAGUCAGGCGCUGCUUUUGAGGAAUAGCUUCAACAGUGAUAAUCUCUACCAAAUGACGUCUCAGUUGGAACGUGUUUCCUGGAAUCCCGUCAGCUCACUGACACCCAGCAUAAAGAGUCACAGCGGUGGUUAUGAGGCCGAAGCGCCUGCAGGAGCUCCGCUGGUGUACAGCUGCAGCGCUCAGUAUCACAUACACACACACGGUGUGUUCAGAGGAGUACAGGAUGUGCGGAGAGUACCAGGCAUCACUCCUUCCAUUAAAUCAUCAGAGAGCAGCGAGAAACGGCCUUUCAUGUGUUCUUACCCCGGCUGCAGUAAGAGAUACUUCAAACUGUCCCACCUGCAGAUGCACGGCAGGAAACACACAGGUGAGAAGCCCUACCAAUGCGACUACACAGGCUGCGGCCGCAGGUUUUCCAGAUCUGACCAACUCAAGAGACACCAGCGCAGACACACAGGUGUCAAACCCUUUCAGUGUGAGACAUGUCAAAGAAAGUUUUCUCGCUCGGACCAUCUUAAGACCCACACUCGGACUCAUACAGGUAAAACAAGUGAGAAGCCGUUCACGUGCCGCUGGCCCAGCUGUCAGAAGAAGUUCGCCCGCUCAGAUGAGCUGGUCAGACAUCACAGUAUGCAUCAGAGAAACGUGAGCAAACUCCAGCCUGCUGUUUGAGACACCGUACAUAUAAACACACACACACACACACACACACACACAUGAAACACUCUCAACAGUCAGUGAACCGCACUGCUGAACUGAUAACAUGAAUCACAGCAUCCCUAUAAGAGAGAAAAUGAGAAAAAAUAUCAUGAUUUUAUUGAAGUUUGCCUUAUUGUGUUUGACAUGGAAACACUGCCAUUUGCUGAGGAAUGUGUCUGCAUCAUUUUGGGUCAUCUCAUUUUGUAAAUAAGAACUUUUUCCAUUUGUAAUAGUUAUUUUUUACAUACAGUAUAUGGACAGUUGAUUGCACUGGGUAUACUUGUAUUUUUCUUUUUUAAAUGGCCAGAUAUGCUGGGUCACUUUCAUUUCUUAAUUUGAAAAAUAAAUUGUGGAUGAUUGAGAAACGGCUAGUGUAAAAAUCAUAUGCACUGUAAUGCCUUUGUAUAUAUUUAAGUGACAACAGUCUUUCUUAAAAUGCCUUUUAUAAUAAACUACAUUAUAAAUUCUC